AUGGAUGGGAGCUGCCCUUUGUGUAAUUCAGAUUUGGAAUCUUCUCUUCAUCUGUUCAUGGUAUGCCCUUUUGCAAAAUCCUUAUGGUUCCGAAGCCAUUGGGGCGUGAGGAUUGACUUAGUGGCUUUUGGGUCAACAUCUGAUUUUGUCAACUUCCUCUUGUCCCCCCCUUUCUUGGUUAAUCAAUGUUUGGGCCAGAAGGAAGAAUUUUUGUUGUAUGGUGCCAUCCUUUGUGACAUGGUAUGGAAACAGAGAAAUCAGGUCCUAUUUGUUGAUGUCUCUCUAAAUGUUGAUGGUGUGUCUACGAAGAUCUCAUGUCUCUUCUCUGAGCAUAAUAUUCCCAAGGGCUCUACCACUUAUCAGCAGGUUCCAUCCUCUAUUCAGACUUGGAUCCCUCCCCCAGGUAUGUCUUUUAAAAUUAAUGUUGAUGCUGCUGUGGGUCCUCGCUUCUCUUCUAUAGCUGUAGUGGCGAGAGACCGGAGAGGGGAGUUGGUAUUUGCCGGUUCUAUGAAAGUGAAUACCACCCUCCCUCUCUUGGCGGAAGUGGAGGCUAUUAAGUGGGCUCUCUCUUUAGCUCCUGCCAUGGGUUAUGACUGCAUUAUUGUGGAAUCGGAUUGCCAAUACUGUGUGCAUCUUCUCAAUGACUUGGCCGAGCGCCCCCCUUGGAAGUUCUGGUCCUUGUGCUCUGAAUUAAGAUCGUUUUUGUCUGUCUUAGAUAAGGUUUCUGUAAUGUGGGUGCCUAGGCAGUGUAAUGCAGUAGCCCACACUUUAGCAAAAUGGUCUCUUUCUUGUAAUUUCUUUGGUCCUUUUGAUUUUGGGAAUUACCCUGCAUGUUUCUCUUCCAUCAUUUUGGAAGAGUCCCGUAGGGCCUUGUAG